CCGUGCGCUGACAGCAACAGCCGCGCGGCUCUUAUAUGAACGUGACCCGCGUGUAGGCGCCGUGACUCGCUGCUCGGCCUUCCUGCGGCUCGCAGCGGCUCCUCGCACUCUUCGCUUCACACUUCACCGCCAUGUGACACCGCGGCGGGACUUCUUAUUGGAAAACUUUGUCUGCAACUGGUGUCUGCGCAGCGAGAGGUGGACGGCCCUCGGCGUGCUACCGCUCGACGAUGUGGGACGAUGACUGGACAGAGACGGAGCGCUGAAUAUCUUCCCUGCACGGGGGGGGGGGGGGGGGUCGGACUGCGUUCACUAUCCUCUGGAUCAUCUGAUAUCAGUUUGAUGACGUGAUCCGUCUUGUUUUUUUUAUUUACGGCGAGCAGAGUCAAAUCAACGUUUUUUGGGGGAGUCAUCCGUCAUCCUGGGAGUCUACAAGUGAGCUCAUGAGACACAUUACACCCCCCCGCCUGUGUGGGGAGAUCCACUGGUCUUCGCUUUGAUAUUUCAAGGCCGGUGAACUCGCCACCGGCAGAAAGCUCCACCCUCGGCUCAGAUAUUGUUUGUCGGCGAUGCGUUGAAGCUCGGGGAUACUGAGAGCGUCUAUAGUUGCGAUGGCCGCCGCCUCCUCGCUAGAAAAGGACCAGCCCCUCCUCCAGCUCCAGGAGGCGGACUCCAGACGCAUUGGCUGCCGCGUCCUUCCGCCGGUCCUCAGCUCCGCCUCUCCUGGCUUUUCCAUGGACACCGGGCAGCCCAUCUGCAUCCCCUCGCCGUACACCGACCUCGGGCACGACUUCGCCACCAUUCCUUUCUACAGUCCGACGAUCUUCACGUACGCCAGUCCGGGCAUCUCGGACGGCCCCGCCGCCGUCCAUCGGUCACUCAGCCCCGCCCUGUUCUGGCCCAGCCACGGCCACGUGGGGCCCUCCAUACCUCUGCACCACCCCCAGACUCGGCCUCAGCAAGGGCAGCCGAUCCAGAGUCCGUGGGUGGAGCUGGUGCAGCGGGACAGCGUCUUAACAACCAGUAAGAGCGUGAGGAGGUGUUCUCAGGAGGGCGAGGACGGCGUGGCGUCAUCCGGCGGGAAGGCGGACCUCCACUACUGCGCCGUGUGUCACGACUACGCCUCCGGCUACCACUACGGCGUCUGGUCGUGCGAGGGCUGCAAGGCCUUCUUCAAGAGGAGCAUCCAAGGACACAACGAAUACAUCUGUCCAGCAACCAAUCAGUGCACGAUAGACAAGAACCGCCGCAAGAGCUGCCAGGCGUGUCGCCUUCGCAAAUGCUGUGAAGUUGGCAUGACCAAGUGUGGUAUGCGGAAGGAGCGUGGAAGCAGCAGGAACCCCCAGGCCAGGCAAGUGACCCGUCUGUCCUCAGAGGGCCGAGCCAACGGGCCGAAGACGUCGGCCGGACCGGCGGUCAGUUCGUUAAACGAGCCCCACCCCCCUGCGCUGACCCCGGAGCAGCUGAUCGGGCGCAUAAUGGAGGCGGAGCCGCCGGAGAUCUACCUCAUGAAGGACAUGAGGAGGCCGCUGACGGAAGCAAACGUCAUGAUGUCGCUCACCAACCUGGCGGAUAAGGAGCUGGUGCACAUGAUCAGCUGGGCCAAGAAGAUCCCAGGGUUCGUAGAGCUCAGCCUCCUGGACCAGGUGCACCUGCUGGAGUGCUGCUGGCUGGAGGUGCUGAUGAUCGGCCUGAUGUGGAGGUCAGUGGACCAUCCGGGGAAACUCAUCUUCUGCCCGGACCUCAGCCUGAGCAGAGAAGAGGGGAACUGUGUCCAGGGCCUCUCGGAGAUCUUCGACAUGCUGAUAGCUGCCACGUCCAGGGUGAGAGAACUCAAGCUGCGGAGAGAGGAGUACGUCUGCCUCAAGGCCAUGAUCCUCCUUAACGCCAACAUGUGCCUCAGCUCGUCGGAGGGCAGCGAGGAGCUGCAGAGUCGCUCCAAGCUGCUGCGUCUCCUGGACGCCGUGACGGACGCGCUGGUGUGGGCCAUCGCCAAAACAGGCCUCACCUUCCGCCAGCAGUACACGCGCCUCGCCCACCUGCUCAUGAUGCUCUCACACAUCCGCCACGCCAGCAACAAAGGCAUGGACCACCUCCACUGCAUGAAGAUGAAGAACAUGGUGCCCCUGUACGACCUGCUGCUGGAGAUGCUGGACGCCCACAUCAUGCACGGCUCCCGGCUGCCCCGCCGCCCCCCCCAGCAGGAGCCCGGCGGCCAGACGCAGGUUCCUGCUCGGCCCCACGGCUCCAGUAGCGGCCCCUCGGAGACCCGGGCUCCCAGCAGCACUGGGAUUGGAGGCGAACCCAAGUAGUGGCAGGCGGCGGCGUCUUCACACGCUUUGCACACAGACGUCAUUCUUGAGACUGAAGAGACGUUUGGCUGGAGCGUUUGGCUGAACUCUGACCCCUGAAAGGUGAAGCUGGAGCCCUGAGACACUCGUCACGGUGGACCGCUGAAGAUCUUGAUGCUGCGCUGCAGACGGAACAAUCGCUCAGUAUUCACAGCCUUAUCACGACAUAUUGAAAAGUCUGAGUGCAAACAAAGUGUCACUGGUGUGGCCGGUAGCACCAGCUUCAACGUUCACGUAACACGUCACUGCCAUGAUUCUCUUGAGCGGAGAAGCUCACGUUUCAUUUUCAUAUACACAUCGUGCAUGUCUGGUCUUUUUCCAGGAGGUCCCGCAGAGAACGAUCUGUGUAAAUAAUAACUAAAGAGAUAACAAUUGCGCUAAUUAAAAUGAAAGUUUAUUUGCUUACUUGUCAAAAGUUCGAUGCGAUUGAUGGAUCAAUACCACUCUCCCAUACAUGUGAUAAAUAUGUAUCGCAUGUGGUUAGCUUAGCUUCGCAUAACAACUGGAACAAGGGGAAAACGGCUAGCUAUCGGCACCUCAGAAAGAUAAACGUGCCAUAAGAUGGUUGUUUCAUAAUAAUAUGUCCUAUUCCCUAUUUUCUUUCAAGGAAAAUGAAAUAUAAUGUUAAGGAAGACAAUAUAGUUAUUUAGUUAACGUUCAACGAGGACAGCUCCUGUAAAAUAUGGGAACUGUUGCUCGAUAGAAAACAUUGUUUUAUUUUUGGUUAAAAUUAAUGUUAGUCUAUUUUAGUAGUAUAAGUAGAAACCCAUCUCGCUUCGUGCGAAGACGGAAAACAAAUCAGGUCGGCCACUGAAAGUUUGAAAAAGUAAUUGAAGUGAAACCAGACGAGUCUUUCUCCUAUUGACCACUAGAGGGCGCGUUGCAGCUCGUACUCACAUGAGGGCCUUCUGCCGAGGACACCAUUGGUCAUGUACAUUGGUCAUUGGUCACGUGUACAUUGGUCAUGUGUACAUUGGUCAUUGGUCAUGUGUACAUUGGUCAUUGGUCAUGUGUACAUUGGUCAUGUACAAAAAAAAGUAUCAUGACGUUAUUGCUCUUAAGACAACGCUGCACUCCGACCUGUGAAAUUUUGUUUAAAGAACAGGCAAAUUAUUUUUGUAUCUUUUAGAAAUGUCAUCGUGUGCACAGUAGUGCGUCGACAAUCAUGAUCGCUGCAAGAAGGGUGCAUAAUAUGUAAACAUGUAGACCCCCCCCCCCCCCUCUGCUUUUCCUCUGGUCACGCUCUAUAUCCAUUCUUGCAGACUGUAUUUUCUCUGGUUUUACUGGACUACGAACAAUGUCGUUUUUGUAUUAUGUUUAUGCAUUUAUCCAUUCUCUCUGUUUCACACCAUAAAAGAAGAAAACGCAUUGUACAGCUAAUGCAAGACAUAUUAAUUUUGGUUUCUAAGUGUCAUUUAAAAAUGUACAAACAAACCGUC